UGUCAAAGGUAGACGUGACGUGACACUCGUGAGAGUUAAACCUCAGCAAUGACCCGUGUGGAAAUACAAUCGAUUGCCGGCGAUGAGGGAAAAAGGGUUUCGUGGGUUUAAGCCAGACAGACAGCUAAAGAAGAAGAAGAAGAAGAAGGAGAAGAAACAAUGAAAGAAAUAGAAUCCUUGUGGGACGAAGUCAGAGAACUAAGUCUUGGAACUUCAUCAACCACCAUAGACCACCUUCCUUCACCUCCAUCUCCACUUCAUUUCCUUCGUAAUUAUGUCUCUCCAAACAAACCCUGCAUCAUCUCCAACGCUAUUACCCACUGGCCUGCCCUCUUUCUCUGGCCCAACGUCUCCUACCUCUCCCAUUCCCUCUGCCACUCCUCCGUUUCCCUCCACCUCACCCCUCACGGCCGUGCCGAUUCCCUCGUCCCCUCCACCCCUACCCAUGAUUCCCUUUGCUUUGCCUCCGCCAACGUGCAGCGAGUGCCCUUCCCACGCGCACUUGAUUGCGUUCUCAAUAGUCAACCAGGAAAAUUUGUCGCCUAUCUUCAGCAGCAGAAUGAUUGCUUUAGGACGGAGUAUUCAGCAGCGUUGGGAUCGGACUGCGACGCCCAUAUUGGGUGGGCGACGGAGGCGCUCGGUUGUUUACCGGAGGCUGUGAAUUUGUGGAUUGGUAAUCAUUUCUCGGAAACGUCUUUUCAUAAGGACCAUUAUGAGAAUCUGUAUGCUGUCGUUUCUGGGAAGAAGCAUUUCUUGCUACUUCCUCCCACUGAUGUUCACCGGUUGUAUAUUCGCAACUACCCUGCUGCGCAAUACUCAUAUUCUGAGGAAGAUGGAGAAUUCAAAUUGGAAAUGGAGGAUCCAGUGAGGUAUGUGCCAUGGUGCAGUGUGAAUCCAUACCCAUCUCCUGAGGCUAAGGAGAGCGAAAUGGCUAAAUUUCCUUUGUAUUUCGAUGGUCCAAAGCCAUUUGAAUGUACAGUCAAUGCCGGAGAGGUUCUCUACCUACCAAGCAUGUGGUUUCAUCAUGUACGACAGAGUUCAGAUGAUGAAGGAUGCACUAUUGCUAUAAACUAUUGGUAUGAUAUGCAGUUUGAUAUCAAGUAUGCUUAUUUCAACUUCUUGCAAUCAAUUCAUUAUCGAUCAACUUUGACUCAACCCAAGCGUGAGAAAUAUUCAGGAUGUUGUUGGAGCUUGCUAUUCUUUCUGAUAUUUAGAGAUCAGAAGGUUCCUUAUUAUCAUGACAAAAUCUCUCAUGGUGCUGUUGGGAUAUUUGUAAGAAGAGAACCUAAUAGAUUGAGUUCACUUAAUAAGAGAGUUGAUUGUAGAAUUAAAGAUGAGCCUUUUUUUUUUCCCUUUGAAAGUAAUCCUGUGGUCCAUUUCAGAAUCGUUGUGGAUUUUUUAUGGAUGUUGGAUUUAAUGAAAAGGUUUCAAAGUACAGAUGAAGCUGCUAGAUGAGUUAAGACAGAUUGAAGAAGCAAAAGAGUGCAGCCAAAACAGAAUAUGCUAUAAUUCUAAAAUUUACACCUUUAUCUGCUUCACCGACAACUAUCUAUUUUGUAUUUCUG